CAAUCUGGCCGAUUGGGAAAGGGGGAGAUGCAGCGAGACCUGGGUGUCAUGGUACACCAGUCAUUGAAGGUAGGCAUGCAGGUGCAGCAGGCAGUAAAGAAAGCGAAUGGUAUGUUAGCUUUCAUUGCAAAAGGAUUUGAGUAUAGGAGCAGGGAGGUUCUACUGCAGUUGUACAGGGUCUUGGUGAGACCACACCUGGAGUAUUGCGUACAGUUUUGGUCUCCAAAUCUGAGGAAGGACAUUAUUGCCAUAGAGGGAGUGCAGAGACGGUUCACCAGACUGAUUCCUGGGAUGUCAGGACUGUCUUAUGAAGAAAGACUGGAUAGACUUGGUUUAUACUCUCUAGAAUUUAGAAGAUUGAGAGGGGAUCUUAUAGAAACUUACAAAAUUCUUAAGGGGUUGGACAGGCUAGAUGCAGGAAGAUUGUUCCCGAUGUUAGGGAAGUCCAGGACAAGGGGUCACAGCUUAAGGAUAAGGGGGAAAUCCUUUAAAACUGAGAUGAGAAGAACUUUUUUCACACAGAGAGUGGUGAAUCUCUGGAACUCUCUGCUACAGAGGGUAGUUGAGGCCAGUUCAUUGGCUAUAUUUAAGAGGGAGUUAGAUGUGGCCCUUGUGGCUAAGGGGAUCAGGGGGUAUGGAGAGAAGGCAGGUACGGGAUACUGAGUUGGAUGAUCAGCCAUGAUCAUAUUGAAUGGCGGUGCAGGCUCGAAGGGCCGAAUGGCCUACUCCUGCACCUAAUUUCUAUGUUUCUAUGUUUCUAUGAUCCUGGGUCUCUGGCGCUGUAAAACAGCAACUCUGCACCACCAUGCUGCAUUUUAGUUUGUGGGACACAGUAUGGAAACAAGCCUUUCCACGCACCGGGUCCACGCUGACCAUUGAUUACUCAUUCAUAUUAGUUCUAUGUUAUCCCACUUUCUCAUCAACUCCCUACACAUGAAAGGCAAUUCACACAGGGCCAAUUAACCUACAAACCCGCACAUCCACGGGAUGUGGGAGGAAACCAGGGCACCUGGAGGAAACACACGCGGUCACAGGGAGAACAUGCAAACAUCACACAGACAGCACCAGGAUCAGAUUCAAACCCAGGUCUCUGGCGCUGUGAGGCAGCAGCUCUACCCGCUGCGCCACUGGGUCACUCCACUCUCCAUUCUCUGCUAAAGAAUAACUCUUUGUACAGCAGGUACGUGGACGCAUAUAGCCAGCCAGGAACCUGCAGACUCUUCCUUGCCAUCUGAGACAAUUAAGCUCUGCUGCACCAACGGAUAAUGUGGAGGAAAAUAGCUACAGACUUAAAUUAUGUUUCUGAGAAACAUUUCAUCUCUCACAGAGCUCAGGUGAAUCAUUGUGCCUUCUCUCAUGAUGGAUACUUCCUAAUAACAGGAGCUGACGACUGUAACAUCUGCACCUGGGAUAUUUGGUCUGGAAAACGUCUAACUAAAGCAAAAGGCCACAAAGGCCCAGUGAAGGUUUGUGUGUUCUCCAGUGACGCCAAGCUCUUUGCCAGCGGGUCGACAGAUUACACUGUGAGGGUGUGGAACACUAACAAGGCCACUUGCCUGCACGUGCUCAAAGGGCACAGCAGGUCUGUGGAGACUGUGGGCUUCAGCCACAAUUCGAGGUUGCUGGCAUCUGCAGGCUGGGAUCGCGUCAUUAUCCUGUGGGAUCCAAAGCUGGGUCAACUCAUGAGGAAAUUCUUAGGUCACGAGAACGUCAUUGGAACCUGUGCCUUUUCAUACCAUGAUGAAUAUUUGGCCACUGGAUCCUGGGAUUUUAAUGUGAUCAUCUGGGGCCUACACAGCUCGUGGCGAACUAUUCUGCAUGGUCACAAGGGCAACGUGAGCUGUGUGGCCUUUUCUAGCAUCGGGAUGCUGGCUUCAGGUUCCUGGGAUAAGACUGUCCGCGUGUGGGAUUCAAGGAAUGGGACCCUGAUCUUUGUCCUGGACAAGCACAGUGGCCACAUCCAGGCCCUCUCAUUCUCAAUCGAUGCAAUUCUACUUGUGACGGCAGCAGAAGAUGGAACAGUUCGUUUGUGGGAUUGCGAAGAUGGAGAAUGUAAGAGGACCCUUGAGGGGGUGUUGGAAAAUGUCAGCAACUGCCAAUUUUCUUCUUUUGAGACACUUCUGGUUGCAGGAACCACUGAAGAGACUCAAUAACCAAGAUCUAUCAUCAAACCCAUCAGUCAAUAUUUCAAAGCUUUAAGAGUAUUUUAAGAUUUACCCAAGCUGCUCCACUUCAACACUGGAUCAAGAUAAAGUGGGCAUCAGAAUUAAAGUGUUACAAAAUGGUUCAAUUUUAAGUGCAAAACUAUACUAUCUUGGGGGAGGAAGU